CACAGCCUGGAAACGCAGGGUCUGCAGUGAUCACUUUGAUCGGGAUGACUACUGCCAGUCAAAGAAGAGACCAAAUCCGAAGCACCUUUACCUAAAGAAAAGUGCAGUCCCAAGAUGGGAGACACCAGCUGCAUGCAGAGUGCAGGAGGCUGAUGGUGGUGAUUCUCCACAAGCAACAGAAUUUGCUGCAGUCCCACAAUCCACUCCUGUCAAAACGCAACACAGAGCAGACGAAGAUCCAUCUCAAUCAAGAGGUCCUAAUCUCUCAUCUUGCUUGAAAGUUCUUCUUUCAAGUCCCCAUCAGACCACACCUCGCACCAAGCCAUCAUUGUCCGGGACCUAUCUGGCACUACCUCCUACUUGGACACAAUCAGUGACUGCCCCUGCAUCAACUGCAGCUUUGACUGUCCCGCAUACAGACAGUGAGGAUCCAUCACAACUUUUGAGUAAUGGCAGCCGUUACCUGAUUCGCUCAGACGACAUGGUGGAGACCGUCUACAAUGAGCGUGGUGAAGUCAUCAAAACAAAGGAGCGCCGCCUUUUCCUCCUCAACGAUGUUCUCAUGUGUGCCACGGCCAACAUUCGGUGCCAGGAUGGCAAUGGGAGUGGCGGAGGAGGUGCCCCAUUAGACCAGCGGUUCCUUCUAAAGUGGAGUGUUCCUUUGAACUUCGUUGAAGUGCUGGAGUUUGGAUCCAGUGAGGACAUGCCCGACAACAACCGCUACCCUGCCCCUCAUUCUGGGGAGAAAGUGGUUAUCAAUGCAAAGCCAAACAAACUCUACAUGGGCCCAGGUCAGUUGUACCAAGAUCUACAGAACCUAAUCCAUGACCUCAGCCUCGUCAACCAGAUCUCUGGAAUGAUCAGCAGCCUCAAAGGAAACUAUCAGAAUGUGAAUCCCACAGUGGCCCAGGACUGGGUAUCAGGUCUCCAGAGGCUGAUUCUGAAGAAGGAAGAGGAGAUUAGGGCAGCUGACCGCUGUCGGAUCCAACUUCAGCUGCCUGGCAAACAAGACAACAGGUCGGGUAAAACCACAUACUUCAGUGCGGUGUUCAAUACCCUCAACCCAGCCAACAAACAGUCAUGGAUCAGUAACUUGCAAAUGGCCAAACUGGCUCUUGAAGAGGACAACCUUCAGGGCUGGUUUUUUGCAGAGGAUGAUGGAAAUCAGCUCAAAAAGCAGAAGCAUCCUCUCUUGCUCAAACAGAUGCCUGUCGUCAUGUCUAAAUUGCAGGAGUUCAAGGUGGAGUGUGCAGUCCACAACCCGGAGCCCUACAUCAACACAGAGAGCACAGCAGACACCCCUGCUGUGGGCCACGGUUGUGUCUGGGUUGCAAGUUGCACCAACCAGAUGGGGCAGAUAGCCAUCGUUGCCAUGCAGAGCUGCAGCCCGAAGGUGACAGAGUGCUUUAAUGUGGAGUCCCGUAUCCUCUGCAUGGCCUACAUCCCAGCAGAAGAGCCACAGGAGAAUGAUGCCCCAGAGGAUGGGAGAGCCAGUGUUACAGCCACUGUCUGCCUGGGCAUGGAGGAGGGCAGCAUAAUUGUGUAUAAGAGCAGCCAGCGGUCCAAGAAGGUGCGUCUGCAGCAGUUCUUCACCCCAGACAAAUCCACCGUCACAAGCUUGGCUUACAUGAAACACUGCUUGUAUGUCGGCCUGGUCAGCGGCUCUGUGGCCAUCUACUCCAGAUCACAAGAUGGACUGUGGAACAGCGAUAAGCCCAAAGUAGUGAAGCUCGGAGUCCUGCCGAUCAAGGCCAUGCUGGCUGUGGAAGAGCACCUCUGGGCUUCAUCGGGUGGGCAGGUCUUCAUCAUUAGUACCCACACACACAAUGUGGAGAUGCAGCUGGAGGCCCAUAAUGAGGAAGGUAUGGUGGUGUCCAACAUGGUGGUGGCAGGGGUGGGCAUCUGGAUUGCCUUCAGCUCCAGUUCCACUUUGCGUCUCUUCCACACUGAGACCAUGGAGCACCUGCAAGACAUCAAUAUUGCAACACCUGUUCACAACAUGCUUCCCGGUAGCCAGAGAGUGUCAGUGAGCAGUUUGUUGGUUUGCCAUGGUAUGCUGCUAGUUGGAACCAACCUGGGUGUGACCGUGGCACUCUCGGUCCCUAGACUACAGGGAAUCCCCAAGGUCACAGGUCGGGGCAUGGUGUCCUUGCACGCUCACAGUGGACCUGUCAAGUUCCUCACUGUGGCUGCAGCUGUCUGUAACGGUCCCACGGGCUCCCUGUCCCCCGCCUCCUCAGCCUCAGCCCAGGUAACUGCGCCAGAGGACGGAGAGGCCGCAGAGUCAGCUUCGACCCUGCCUCAGGGCCAAGGGGUCUGGCUGGGAGAUGCAGGCUGCACCACCAUGGCUCUCCAGGACUCCCUGUCCUCUUCGUCUUGCGGCUCUUUGGCGCAAUCCCAAAGCUCCUUGGAGCACGGGCCUGAGGACGGAGCCCUUUAUGACGUCCUCCAUGAUCCCACCCACCACCGGAGGGGACGGCGGGCCAGCAAAGUGGACGUCAGCUCUCUGCUGGUGGUGUCUGGAGGCUUGGGCCACCGCAGGGUGAACAAAAAGACCAAACAGUCCCGCCAUGAGGACAACACCUCUACCAUCCUCAUCUGGCAAAUCCCCCUGCUUAACAUGUGA